UCAUUUUGAUUGUGAUAUAUAGAAGUUGUUUAGUAUUAAAACGUGUUGUAGUUUCAUUCUUUAUUAUAUUAGAUUGCACGACUCUUGCAGUUAAAUAAUUUUCUUUGGUUGACUAAAACUCGGACAAAAAUGUGCAAUUUAUUGAGUUCAAAAGAGGUGUUGAGUUUUUUAAUUGGUUUUGCAAUUUCAACAUUACUUGUGAUUAAUAUUAACAAUAAUUAUUCAAUAAAGAAUAUCCAAUUAGAACCAGUAAAAAAUUAUGAAAAUAUUAUGAAAAAAAAUAUGGUAAAUAGUUUUUAUAAAAAUUCUAAUGAAUCAUAUGAAUCUGAACUAGCAGAUAGGCUUUUCAAUGAUAUACGUGUUCUUUGUUGGGUAUUUACUCAUCCGUCUAACCAUAAAAUUAAAGUUCCACAUGUAAAAAAAACAUGGGGCCAUAGAUGUAACAAACUACUCUUUAUGAGUAUAGAAAAAGAUCCAACUAAUCCAGAUAUCAUACCGAUAUUGGUUCCUGAAGGGAGAUCACAUUUAUGGAAUAAAACAAGACUUGUUAUGAAAUAUGUUUAUGAUAAUCAUUUUAAUGAUGCCGAUUGGUUUAUGCGUGCAGAUGAUGAUAAUUUUAUAUUGAUGGAAAAUCUACGUUAUACUUUAGCUCAAUAUAAUCCAGAAACAUCGCUUUAUAUAGGUCACCGAUUUUCAGUUGAUUAUCCUCAAGUUCGAGAAGGAUAUAUGGCAGGAGGUGGGCAUAUAUUUUCAAAAAAAGCUCUUAAAAAAUUUGUGACGAUAAUCUCACCAAAUACAACUUUGUGUGAUAAUAAUGAUGGCGAAGCUGAUGAUUUAUUAGUAGGCCAAUGUCUUAAAAAAUAUGCAAUAUUUAUUGAUGCCCGAGAUUCAAAAAAUCAAAAACAAAUUUUUCCGGUCGGAGUUGAAGAACAUUUGCAGCACAGGGCAGCAGAUUUUAGCUAUUGGUAUUGGACAAAUUUAUGGAGAAACGUUACUCAAGGAGGAUUAGACUGCUGUUCAGAUGUGUAUAUUGGAGCUCAUUAUGUGAGCCCAAAAGAAAUGUAUUUAUUGAAAUAUUUAGUGUAUAAUGUUCAUCCAUUUGGUCUGAAGAAAAAUAUUACAGAGUCUUUACCACGAAAGCUUUCAUUGGAUGAAAUUAUAAAAGCUUCAGAUGCAAAAAGUUUCUCACCAAAUUUUAGAAUACAUGAAAAUGUUCACAACAUAGAUGAAGAUGAAAAGUAUACAUUAAAUACAGCAUGAAGAUAUAAAUAUAUAAAAUAAUAGUAUAGACAAAUCUUUAAUUUAUUUAACGACGCUUACAAUUUCUACAUUAUUAAGAAUAUUAAUCAAAACUAUUGAAUUGAAUUUUUUAUGCAGCAUGUGAUGUUCCAAGAUCAAACUCUGCAUAGUGAUUCUUUCUUCUGAUUAUAUCACUAGUUAAUGUAUGUUGCAUUACACCAAUCUUGAUAUCUAAUUCCGAAAUUUCUUCUUUCAAUCGAAUAACUGCCUUUUUUAUAUUAAUAAGAGGACUUCCAUCUGUCAUUGAAUUUCCGCGUUGCUCCAUUUGAAUUUUAACAUUUUCAAGCUCAUUUGUAAGUUUUGUAAUUGUAUCUUCCAUUUUAGUUUUGAUUUCUUCAUUUUCUUUCAUUCCUUUAUUAAUUUUUAUUAGUUCGAUUGAUAAUUGUUUAUACUCCUUUAUCAAAUCCUUUAAUUCUUUAUUAAGAUGUUUUUCUCGGCUAUCAAUUUUAUCCAUUGUGAAAAUUAUUUCAUUUUGCAUUUUCUUUAGUUGAGUUUGUGCUUCUUCAGAUGCCUGAAAUUAAAUUUUAUCAAUAAUUUUCACAAACUUACAAUAGUUUGAUUUUCUAACGGCUUCAAUAUUACUCUUAAGAGUCUUAAUUUGUUCAAGAUGAGCUCUCCAAUCUCGAUUGUCGCUUUUAACAACAAUUUUAAGUUGAGGUAACACUCUUUCCAUUUCCAAUCUGUAAUGAAAUAUCAAUGAACGUAUAUGUUCAAUUCCCCAUCCCUACUUGAAAGUAGAACAUCUAUUAAUGACUAAAUUACCUGAAAUUUUCAUUGUCUGCCAAUGUAUUGACUUUGUUUUCUUUAUUAUACUUGCUUCUUUUUCUCUCAUUUAAAUUCAGAUCAUAGAUAGAGUUCCUUUCACGUUCAUCAUCACUUUCACUUUCUAAAAUAGUUUGUUCAUCCAAUUUCUCCAAAAUUAUUUCAGAAUCAUUAUCAAUAAUAUCAAGUGAAGAAUUUUCUUCAGCUUUUAUUUGAGGUUUGUUAACCUGAACUGUUGAAAGUUUCAAAACUUUUGUAGCGAGAGAAUCAAGGACAUAAACACAAAUGGGACCAGCUCCAGAUAUAAGUUUAUUUGACUGAAAGUCUGUAGCAAUAUCCAUAUCAUUUAAAGAUUUGAUAAUUUUUGAAAUCACCACAUUUGGAUCAUCAAAUUCUUGUGGCUGCUCAAAAGAUUUCCCAGUUUCACGAACCAGCCAUGCAGCAAUAGAUACAAAAAGAAAGAAUUGCUCUCCAGAAUUUCGCACUUUAUUGAAAUAAAAUUUACUUAAAGGCUUCAUUUUCAUUUCUUUUAAAAGUAAGUUUUCAAAGUUCAGAAUUUUUAAUUUCUCAAUCAGAUCAUCAUUUUGAUAAGAGGAAAUUAAUGAUAAGUUGUUUGAAUCUCUUUCAAUAGCAGUUAACAAUUCCGGUCGGAACAUUAUUAUAUUAUUUUAUAUUAUAUUAUAUAUUUACUUUUAAAAAAUUUUAAUUUUUUCAAAAAAAUACUUUUUGAUUCUUUUCAAGUGUAUUUUUUCUACUGUUUGUUGGUUUUGUAACCAUGGCAAUAAAUUCGAAAAAAAUAUAGAAUGAUGAUUCAUUGAAAACAUUCAGUUGUGACGUUAAGUUUUUAAUCGAAGAUACGAAUCUAAUUUAUGUAGCAUUGCUCAUAGCUGACGUCACAGGAAGACUUUGACAAUUUUGUCAAAAAGCAUCACUUUGAAUCAUAAAAGAAUAUUAUAAAUGUAUAUAAUUAAAAAAUUGCAAGUUUAUUCACCUUUUAAAUGAUUGCAUGUAACAUUACCUGGUCUCAAAUAGUAAAAUUGUCGAAAAUAAAUGAGAAAGCUAUCGAUUUUUAAAAAAAAUGAGUUUUUAAAAAUCAUUUUUAUUUUAAAAAUUGAUAAUACUAAAAAUGGUAAUUUUCAGAAGCAACUGAAAGACAAAAUGAAACAUCAAAAUAUUAAUUUAGAUACUUUUAUAAUAAAGUCAAGAAUUGUUAAAUGAUCUAUGAUAACUUCAGAUAACUACAAAAAAAUUACCAUUGGAUAUUUUAUCAGGUUAACUCACUUUAAACAUUUGUUACAAUGAGUAUCAUCAAUUAAUUGAUGUCGAUUAAUCCUAUUUGUCAGGUUUUUACGAAAACUUAAGAAUUUAGAGGUCAACACAAGAUUGAAGUGGAGUAAGAUAGUAUUGAUAAUCAUAUAAUGAUGCAUAUUUUUGUAACGUCCUAAUGCAUUAAUAUAAAUUGUAUCAUAAAACCAGUCUAAUACCAUGUUUCCUGAUUCUGGUCUGCUUUGUGUAACCAUAGUAUCAAAAAUAACAAAACACAAAUACAAACGAUCAAAGAAGUCGCUUAGUUAAUACGUAGAAAUGAUAACAAACGGGAGCAUAAAAUAAGUCUCUGUGUUACAAAUGCAAUUUUCAAGAAUCAAAAGUAAAGAAAAAUUGGAACAAUUUUGAAAAUACUUAAGAAAGAGAAUAGGUAAUGGAAAGAAAUGUAAACUGCUUUGUGAAGCUAGGUCAAUUGGAAAAGUGCAAAAUGUAUUGAAAACUAUGAAAUAAUAAUUGAUUUUUAGAAGAGGAUAAGCGUUCAUAAAAAGGAAAAAAAAACAUUUAAAAAAUUUAUUUUUACAUAUAUUGUGUUUUAAAAAAAAUGAUUUAAAGUAAUAUUUUAACAUUCUGGAUUUUGUUUGAAAAAAAAAAUUUAUAGCAGCCAAUUAUACUACUCAUGUAAGUCAUUGUAGAAUCGAUGUAAUAAAAAAUCAAUUAAAAUGAGUAUAUAUAUAUAUAUAUAUAUAUAUAUA